GUUAACCAGCUGGAUUUCAGCAUAGAAAAUGGCAUUUAUUCCUACUUUUUGAAGAAACAGAAUCUGGUACAACAGGAGGGAAUCCUGGAGCUAACACCUGGUCCAGAGUUGGUAUUUUAAUGAAAGUGGUGUUACAUGCAACUGACUUUGGGGAAAUUCUGGGGGCCACAACUGCACUUGCUGAUGAGGGGACGAGCCUGGUGCUGGGUGAAUACUGUCAUUAAAAGCCAGCGUGGAACUGUCCUGUCUGUGCUCCUCACAUCUUUCCAAGAGACAUAGAACACUAGUGCGAUGGAUCUCCUUAGUUCUGGGUAUCGAAAAGUGCCGCCCAAGACAAGAAACUGAAGCCAAAACACUGGAGCACGUCUUUACUCCAGCCAUAUUGGCUGUGCAAAGAAACAGAAAGGGAGAGAGGUUCGAUGGAAUGGCCCCUUCAUCAUGAGAAAGGGAUCAAGGAGAGUCUCUUUAUUUGAUAUUUUCCCAGAAACCCCCAAUGAGGAGGACGUGACAGUUUUGGAUGUGGAAUGUGAGCAGGGAGUCCGGGUAUCUGGCGAUUCGGUUAUCUCUCCACCAGAGUCACAGCCAGCAGAUGGAGCCACCGUAAUUAUUCCUACAGUGACUGAUGAACAGAAACAAAAUGUUCCCAGUGUUCCGACAGUGUGUGAGACGGAGACCAGGGCUGCGCCAUGUUCCCUGCGAAAUCUGUCCCGGAUCCUCUUCUUUAUUUCAGUCCUUCUAUCUGUAGGAGCUGUGUCUCUGUCCAUCUGCCUCAUAUUGCAAUAUUUCUAUCACCCUGUGGUCCAGAGAGCCUGCCCUGAUUAUGUGGAUGUUUGUUCCUCCUCCUUAAACUGCUCCCUUGCACAAGGUGCCAACCUCUGCCCUCCUGGUAGGCAGCCAAGCAACGGAACCCUGGAAGAGUAUAAGAAUCCAGUGUUGCUGCUGACAGGUCGCUCAGUGUUGCAGCUAUACGGUGCUAGAUCUGGCAGGUAUUACACGGUGUGUCACCAGGGCUGGAAGCCGUCCCAUGGCUGGACAGUAUGCCGAGAGCUGGGCUUUAACAGUCACACAAUGUCUUCUCCGGUGCCACUCAGUGCCAUGAGUCCCGUUUUUCUGGAGGCUUUUGCCACUGUGAAUAAAACUGAUGGGACACCAAAUAAUCUGGAAACUUUCAUGAGCCCUGUGGAUAUUUGCCCCACUGGAGAAGGGGUUUCACUGCAGUGUACAGACUGUGGUCACGCAUCUACGGAGAGUCCUCGAAUUGUAGGGGGGACCAACUCAUCUUUGGGAAGCUGGCCAUGGCAAGUCAGCCUGCGGUGGGACGGACGCCACAUGUGCGGCGGAUCCAUCAUAUCUUCCCAGUGGGUGAUGAGCGCUGCUCACUGCUUUGUGCUUAACGGCUUCCUGACUGUUAGUAGAUGGAAGAUCCACGCUGGGUCCAUCUCUCUAAGCAGUGGCAUUGCCUAUUCUGUCCGUAAUAUCUACUACAAUGGACUGUACAGCUUGGAAACCAAUGACUACGACGUGGCCCUUCUCAAAACCAGUGCCCCCAUGAGCUUCUCGGAGACCAUGCGGCCUGUUUGUCUGCCCAGAGCCUACCAGCAAUUCCAAUCCUCGGGCAACUGUUGGAUCAUCGGCUGGGGUCACUUGACCGAAGGAGGACAGUUAUCUCUAGUUCUAAAGGAAGCAAAAGUGCAGUUGAUCAGCAGCCAGAUCUGUAACCACUCGUCCAACUAUCCCGGGCAGAUUAGUCCUCGAAUGCUUUGCGCCGGUUACCAAGAUGGUAGACUCGACUCAUGCCAGGGGGACAGUGGAGGACCCCUGGUGUGUCAGGAGGGAGGCAUGUGGUGGCAGGUUGGCAUUGUGAGCUGGGGAGAAGGCUGCGGCAGACCCAAUCGCCCUGGGGUUUAUACCAAUCUCACUGAAGUCCUAGACUGGGUGUACCACCGGCUUCAGAUGGACAGCGAGGUUACGUGACCCAAGGAAGACACACAGAGAAGAAUAUCAGAGAAAGUGAAUAAAAAUUAAGGUUGUUGUUUUU